GUCCCUUUCAUUGGUUACACUUGGCCAGUGUUAGGUGUUGUGUUUUAGAGCGUCAAGUUUUUGGCGCCGUUGCCGGGGACUUUCUAGAUUAUUAGGAAAGGCAGAAGUUUGUUACUUUAGCGUUUUUCUUUUCUUUUCUACCCUUGCUUUUCACUUGGGUGUUUUUUGUUUUUGUUGGUGCAGAUCUGAAUCAUGGAUCCGCAUGGCUUCUCCAACCAGUGGGGGUAUCCACCAUCAUCCGAGUGGUAUUACCCCGAGACUCCCUGGAGCAAUCAAGGAGGAGAAGACUAUGGAUUCGGGUUCCAGUACCAACCCCCUUACUACGGAGAACAAUCAGACCCCUGGGCAUAUCAAGAACAACCUCAUUACCAAGAAGACUUUCUCCCACAACCAGAAGGGCCAUCGGAGAUGGAGUUACCCAUGGCGGCCUUCACGGGGCACUCUGCAGAGCCAUGCUACACUUCACUGGAGGAUCCGAACGAACAAUUAAGGCUUCUCGUGGAGCAGUUUGCUCGAGACACUGAGAAAUCAUGCUCUAAGAUGGAUCUUCAAAUCAAAGCCCUUGCCACUUCCGAUCCCUCAUUUCUCCAUGAUAUGGAGGAGACUGUUCAGCGCUCAGCGAAGCAAACAGAGUGGGUGAAACAAGUUUGCUCACAUCUUGCUCAAGAUCACCUUUCUGCUACCACGCUAGAAGAGGUGGAGGAUGACAAAGGCUAUGGGAGCGUUGAGGAGCAUACAGAAGUUAUCACAGAGAACCCCCAUGAUAAUCAUGAUCAAGAAAGUCCUUUGGUUGCAGACCACACCUUUCCUCAUUUAUGCUCUAACAUGCUGGGCCCGUGCGAGGAGAUGCAAGAUGAUCCCAUUGAAGAAAUUACUUGGCGACUUGCUCUCCAAUCUGUUCUAGAAGAAGAAGAGCGAGCAAGGAUGAGGAAGGAAGUUGUGGAUGAUGAGGAAGAAAAAAAGAAGAGGUGGUUCUUGAUCUUUUCCCAGGGGAGAGACCACAUUUUGGAGAAGAAAGGGGGGUUGAGAAAGCAAUUGGCGUCCAGGCUGAGGAUGAAGUUAAGGUGGAAGAGGCCUGCACCGGCCAUGAGUUACAUGUGAUAUCUCCACCAAACUUCGAGGAGCUGCUUGGCAAGGACCCAUUUGCAGUGUCUCUUUGCCAGACCAAGGCCACAUCGACAUCGGUCCCUCUUGGUGGACGCGAUGGUGGUUGGUCGAUGCUGUCAUAUCUGGUUUGGGGCAAUGAGACGAGAGAAGAGAAGAAGAGGUCUCGAGGGUGGAGACUUCAUUUGCAUCAAGUACAUGGGCCUUCAUCACCUGCCAAACCACAUGCUCGUGACUUGAGACUCCACCUCAUUGACGAGAACCUCAACUUCAAGGAGGUUUUGGGGUGGACCGAAACUUAGGAGCCAUCGUCCGGCUCAUGACGUGAAAGAAGCGCUUGUUGGGAGGAAACCCAACCAGUCGGUUUGCAUUUCUUUCUCUUUUUCUCCUCGGUUGAGUCAGUUUUGUUAGUUGAUUUUAGAGUCAAUAACUCAACCUUUGUGAGAUUUUGUGUGGUGUUUGUGGUCUGACCACUCUCUCCUCCUGGAAUACACCGCCUGCCCCGUCCACCAUCAUUCACCCUGGAUCUGGUAACUUCGUUCUACCCUCCUUAUCUUUCCUCCAUUGAGGACAAUGUCGUGCUUAAGUGUGGGGGGAUGUUCGAUUAUGUAUGCGGGUGAAUGUUUGGCUGUUUGUGUGCUUGGAGCCCAGUCCACUGUCCAAAUUUUUAAAUUUGAGGGCUCCAAGUACGUGUUUCCUUGCAAAUUGCCUGCUUAGUAUGCUUUGAAUUGACAGUCUCUAUAGUAAUGUGCAACCUAGGGAGGUAGUGUAGCACUAUGGAGGAUGCUGAAGUAUAAGAUUUUUCCUAUCUAGCUCUCUGCUGUGCCAGUUGAUUUUGUGAAUCAGUGGAGCUAGGACCGUUGAAUUCAUGUGGUAAUGGUGAUUCUAUGUGGAUUGUGUUAUGGACUUGUGUAUAGAACAGGGUGCUCAUGUGAAAAAUGAAAAGCAGUUGGUCCUCCAUGUCAAAAUCAUAAAAUCUUAAACAUGGGGUAAGCCCAACGUGUGCGGCACCGUUCAUUGCACAAAAUUGGGUUUUGGAAGAGAUUUUAGUGAUCCUUAGUGGGGUACUCCUACAAGGUGAAGCUAAGUUAUCUCUAGUACAAGUAAAACUUCCACCCGUUGAACGGUUUGCCUACUUGAGGAUGUGUUUUUAAGGGCACGGAUAGAGCUUCCGACCCCCCUUGAUUUCAUUGACCCUCCACACGAGUUGAGGAAAAGGAGUUAAAAGAAGUACUCUGGCGAGCGCUAGAUGUACAAAAAAUUGCUCUUGCUCGACUAAUAAGGGUCGACCGUGCAAAAGAUUGCAGUUGGAACCCCCGCCAAGUGAAUGAAAAUGAAAAAAAGUAAAAUGAAAGUGAAAAAGGGGUUCCAACGGUGAAAUGAAGUGAAAGAGCACCCCGGUACAACGAGUCCUUGGUAGUGAAUGGUGGGAGUCCCUUUAUCCAUGAACUGACUGUCUUACUUCUACUUAUUCUCAUGAUCCUGGCUUGAGUCUAGUACUCGCAUUGAGAGAGAUAGGGAACGUCUUAGAAGACCAGUUGACCUCGUAAGCUGCUAUAUGAUCUAGGAAAUCCUCUACCAACGAUCGAGGUUGUAUGUUGAUAUAGAGGUCUGGAGAGCUGCAUUGGUUUGAGUUAGGUUUGCUUGGGGACAAGCAAACGGUUAAGUGUGGGGGAAUUUGAUGACUCGAUAUUUGUACAUGUUUUCCCCUUUGUUUCUUGAUCGUUUAAGCUUGCAUUAUCGCUUCUUUGGCCUAUUUUACGCUAGGUUGUGUUCCUUUGUCACAUUUCAGGCCCUAGCAAAUAAAGUGAAGCAUAGGCG